UCCCUAUGGGAGAGUCGCCACUCUGUUCUCUCUACCGCUCUGGUCAGUACUGCACACAACCUGUUCAGUCUGUCCUGGACGCAGAGAAGCAGUCAUGUGGAUGUACGUGUUGGUGCUGAUUGUGCUGUACUAUGUGAUGCGCUGGUUCCGUGAGUUGGAACGAGUCCCUGACAGAGGUACAAAGUAUGUGUACAUCACCGGCUGUGACACAGGCUUUGGAAACCUUCUAGCACGCCAUCUGGACAAGUGUGGCUUCUGUGUGGUGGCAGGAUGUUUUACUGAGAAGGGUGAAGAGGAGCUGAAAAAAUCCUGCUCAUCUAGAAUGUCUACAGUGUCUCUGGAUGUGAGGAAACCUGAAAGUAUUGAGAAGGCUGCAGCUUUUAUUAAAGAUCAUGUGGGGCAGAUAGGUCUAUGGGCAGUAGUGAAUAAUGCAGGGGUCUCCGUCCCCUCGGCACCCUGUGACUGGCUAACGCUGCAGGACUACAAGUCCAUGCUCGAUGUCAACCUGGAUGGUGUCAUUGCAAUCACGCUGAGUGUUCUUCCCCUCAUCAAGAAAGCAAAAGGACGUGUUGUGAAUGUAGCCAGUGUAUUUGGUCGGAUCAGUCCAUUUGGGGGACCAUACUGUGUAUCCAAAUAUGGUGUGGAAGCAUUCAACGACAGCCUCAGGAGGUGCAUGAAACCAUUUGGAGUAAAGGUCCUGUGUAUCGAGCCAGGUUUCUUUAAGACCAGUGUGACAGACACAGAUGUGCUAAUGAAGAAUGUUAAAAUGCUUUGGGAGCGACUGCCAAAAGACCUAAAGGAGGAAUAUGGAGAUAACUACAUGAGCAAAGUGGAGAAUGUAAUGAAAGAGAAGUUCUCCAAGAUGCCUGAUGGUGACUUGAUGAAGGUUGUGAGCUGUAUGGAGCAUGCCGUGUCAGCCGCGCAUCCACGCUCCCGUUACUCUCCUGGCUGGGAUGCAAAGUUUUUCUGGCUGCCACUUUCCUAUGCCCCGACUUUUAUCUCUGACUACUUGCUGCUUAAAGACACUGUCAAACCAGCCAAAACAGUAGUCUAGACUUCUGGUAUAAACACCAAAAUUUAAACAGUACGUGCUGUACUGUUAUAUAUAUAACUAUAUAUAUAUUAUAUAGUUUUUACAAUCAACAAAUAAACACUUACUAUUUAAUUCUUAUAAAAGUAAUAGUUUUUUAUAGUUUGGGUCAAGAUGAAGUGUCACCUAAAAUGUUGUUGUGACAGCUGUGACGUUCUGUUCUUGGGGUUAAUUGUAAUUGACUGAAUUCUAAAAAUGUCAUUGGUAGUUUAAAUCCACAUAUUGCCAAACAUCCUCUGCCUGGAGUCUAAAGAAGUGUAAUUGACUUUAUUUUCUGGUAUUUUACCUAUUUACUCAAAGUUUAUCGAUUCUGUUUUUCAGUUGUUAAAUGCUAAUUAUAAAGUAUACACCUGGGCUUUUUA